AUGGCAGAGCGCCUUUGCUACAGUACAGAGUACGAGAACAUUGCAGCUGCUAUUAUAAUUGCUGCAGUGGCAAGACGUCGCCGCGUUCGCAAACAGAGAAAACGCAAGGCAACGUUACCAUGCAUUUUAAAGCGCGAAGCGUAUGGCGCAUUCCAUUCUUUAGCUGAUGAACUAUCCAGCGGACAGAACGAACGAACAGAGGCAAUUUUUGCCAAUGGCUGCAAACACGUGCAAUGAUCUGUUGCACCUCGUGGCUCCACUUAUUAGAAAGGCCGACACGUCUUAUAAAGACAGUAUACCAGCAGAAGAACGUCUUGCAGUCACACUGCGUUACCUUGCAUCAGGAGGGCCAUACUCAGAUCUUCUUAAGGAGUUCAAGAUCCCAGUCUCCACAACUAGCUAUGUUAUUCCUGAAACUUGUGAUGCUAUCUACCGUGCACUCCAAAAGAAGUACUUAAAGUUUCCAAGGACAGUUGAAGACUGGCAACAUAUCCAAGAUGAAUUCUUUGACAAGUGGGGUUUCCCGCAAUGCAUCGGGGUGCUGGAUGGCAGACAUGUCCGUAUUCAGUGUCCUCAGAAGAGCGGUCUUCUAUAUCAGAACUACUUGCAUUUCCACAGUGUUGUGCUUCUUACGUUGGUUGAUGCAGAUUGCAGGUUUCUGUACUAUGAGGCUGGAGCUCCUGGGGGUAGUGGAGAUGCCAGCAUCUGGAACCAGUCUUUCCUGAAAGCUAGUCUUGAUGGUAAUGAACUCAAUACUCCUGUUCCAGAAAAAUUGCCAGGCAGUGGCGCUGUGAUUCCAAGCAUCAUUGUUGCUGAUUCAGCAUUUCAGAUGUCAUCCAGAGUCAUGACUGCAUAUUCUCAGGAAGUCUUGUCUGAGAAACAGGAAGUCUUCAACAACCAUCUCUCUCAUGUUAAGCAAGUGGCAGAGAACACCUUUAACAUUUUGGCCUCAAGGUUUGGUGUGUACCAUUCUCCUAUGAGAAUUGAUCCCCCAAGAAUCAAAUCUAUACUACUUGCAACCAUUGCUCUCCACAACUUUCUACUUGACUGCAAGGAUCAGAGGUACUGUAAUGCAGGUGAUGAUGGAAAACUAAGCAGUUUCUAUGUGACAGACAGCAGUGAGUGGCAACAGAAUGCAAAAGCUUCUUUUACAGGUCUUCAAGCAGCACUGAAUGAUGGACACCAGCAGGCAGCUAAUGGUGAGAAGAUAAGAGAAGCACUCAGAGAUUAUUUUAACAAUGCUGGGGUGGGCUGUCGGCAGAACUGCAUAGUUUGAAUUAGUUCAAUGAAUAUAUGGAAGGUAGGUGGGGAAGGUUGUGUUUGUCAUAUCCUGCAUUCCGUAGCUCUUUUAUACAUUUAGUUAGUUACUAUGGAAACCUGAUUAUUUUUUUACAAUUCAUUCCUUUUCAGGCUGAAGCAAAAAUGAGUGCUGAUUUGAAAUUUUUUAAAAUCAUUAAUUAUAUAUCUUUAUCUGCUUACAAGUGACAUAUUUGCUAUGACUUCUUAACUGUUUGACUUCCUUAAAUCGCUAGUUAAUUUGUGAGUACUGAUGGCACACUUCUGUUCCUUCAAGUGUCAUUCAGCCAUCACUGUUCUCCUGCUUAGUUGCAAUCACAUGUAAUAAGUGUUUGUGCCUUUUUAAUCCACGUCAUAAUUUGAUCCUCUAGAUCAAAGCACCUUUUUGACAGUGUUUAUUGAAACAACCUCAAGUAAGCUCUCUUAUGAAAAGAUUUGAAGGAUUGCAUCAGAAACAGUUUUUCUAGUGCAGUGGGCAUCAAGUUCAGCACAUCCCAAAUCUUGCUACUGUGGUUGAAUUGUGGUUCUUUUUGUUGUAGACUCAUGAAAAAAACCGAAAUGGCUUAGCAAACCAUGCAAAUCAUAUUUUUUAAAGUAGCCUUGUAUUUAGUUUUUCACUUUCUUGUGACUGGAUCAUUGAUUUGAUAUAUGACUUAUAGUAUUGUGUCAAGUAGCUUUUAAAAUACUUGUACGUUUUGAAACAAAAACGUCGACCAGAGUCACAAUUUUCACUCUAGGUACUCAAAAAACAGUUCUAAAGUGCUAUUUUGUUACUCUAUUUAAAAACCCUUAUAGGUAUUUAAAAUAUUGAGUUAAAUUUUUAGAGUGUACCCCUGACCUUAAGAUGAUGUGGUUACUUGAUACUGUGUGUGUGACGAAACUGGGGGGGAGAAGACAUAGACCUAACCCAAGGGAAAAGAGGACACGUCCGCUGGAUUGUCUCGUCCAGAGUCCACCCUUUUCAAUUCCCUUGCCUGAUUUUGUGUUCCUGUCACAGAAUAACAAAUAUCUAAAGUGAACGAAAUAAAAAUUAGAACAUGCAAGUCAGUCUUGCAGUUUUAGACUAGAAUGAACAUGUCUAUAGAGACAGUACCUUUGUCAGUGUGGAGCUGUACUCAUGAUUAGAACAAUAUUGCCUUUGAAAGUGCAAAUAUAAAUAGUAAAUUAUUUCCUGGCUUAUCAAUGAUGGUGAGAUUUUGUUACUUAAAUUAUAUUAUUUGUUUCCAAAUCUUCAUCAGAACUACUGGCUGUUUCAGCUUACUUGUUUUCUUCAUGUUCGGAAUCAAAUUUGUGUUGUUCGGCGACACGUCUCCAGAUAUUCUACUAAUUUUCUCUUUUAAAGUGCAUUGUCCAAGUUGUAUUUGGUUGUGCUGAAUGCGUAAAUUGUUGUAAUUUUAAUUAGAAUCUCUAUUAGUGUGCUCAUUCCAGUCAAAAUGAAAUGUCUCCCUGGACAGCAAGUAGUCCUCUGGAUGUUUAUAGAGGACAUGGCUGUGCAGAAGCUUGACAGCAGCAGGAUCAGUCAGCAGUAUUAGAAGUGGUAUAUUUAGAGAUUACGUGCAUAGUGAGGCUUCCUUAUACUGGCUCAAUACACCAGUAAACAUGAUCCCUGACCAUUGCUGUCUUGUCACUGAGCUGAGGGCGACACGUCUUGCCGAGGUUCACCAGUUUUUUUUUUCAUCCCAGCUUUUAUACUUUUCGUAACAUGCCACCCUUCAUUAAUGUUUCUAACAUCUUUUUUCUCACUAACUUAUUAAUUGCAAUGUUACGGUCAUGAACAUCCUCUUGAAUGAUGACAUCCUCUAGCACCCACUGACUUGUGCUGUUGGGUGCACUUGAUAUACAAUAGAUAUAAGUAAUUUGUGCUUUUUCUUGACAACUUCAUAAUUUAAAUCAUAAUCUCAUAAACCCAGAUAGUGACAGUGUAAAGCACAGUCUCUAAGGGGGGGAUGUGUGAUGUCCACACGUGUGCAUGGCACUGGCAUUAAUAUAAAUCCACGCUUUUUCUCCAGCUCCCAAAUUUGACAGGAACAGUGGACACAAUGCUGUUCCAGUGUUAGUAAUAAAUGCAAGGGAGUGAAUGAAAAUAAAUCCAUCGCAUUUUACUCUGUUGCGGGUAAGUUUAUUUACUUAUAGCUUUUCUCACAAACUCUUGAUUAUUUUUAAUCAAUUUGAGAUAUUUGCUAGUUGCUCAUAUCAAUGCCUCCACAACCCAGUCGGGGCAUGGAUAAAACAGAUUAUUUGCAUUGAAAUGCUCAAUCACGGACAUUUGAAAUCCCAAAAUAAUAGCUGUCAGAACCUGUCUCGAGUGUUUGAGAGGGCAUGUCUAUGUCUGCAUGAUCCAUGGUG